AUGAGCACGACUACGGCCAAGCGGUGUGCCGAGGCCGCGGCCACGCUCCGGGAGCUUCUUGUGACGGCGGCGGGCCGAGGGAUUAGCAUUGAAGAUUCGUUUGCGCACUUUGACCACGGACGCGACGGUGUCAUUGAUCUCUCGCAGUUUGUGCUCGGGUUGCGCUCGCUGGGCAUUCCGGUCUCGGUCGAGGUCGGGAGCCUCCUCCUCUUUCAAAUCUCGGAGAAAAGCUCAACGCACCUCACGUGCAAGGACUUUCAUCGACUCUGCGACCCGCACUCGACACUGUACACCAAGCGCAAAGGCAAGCACGUGCCGACAACACGAAAGAAGAAGAAGAAGGGAAGCGCUCCCAUCACCCCGUCGGCACCGCCCCCAAAGCGGCGAAAACGACCCCCCGAGAAAAGCUCUGUCGACCCCAUUGCAGCGGCCCAAGGCCUUCCGCAGUGGGCCCACGACCGGAGCAAGCGCGCGCUACGGGAACUACAGCACCUCUCCAAGAUACGCCCGUUUGUACCAACCACGCCAUUGGCCGACGACGACCGAAGCGGCAGCGAGAGCGACGAAGCGCCCAAUCAAGCGUCGCCACCACGCCUCAAGGUGCCCCCCGUCGCGCUAGGUGCCUUGGAUGCACCGCAAUAUACGACGUUUGCGAUCAACGAGUCGACCGUGUUGGAAUAUGCCAUUUUGCUUGCGCCAUCGGCGGACGAGAAGGACGAGAAUGACGCGCCCGAGGCCCCGCCGUCCUCGUUAUUUGGCGACGACGUGGCCAAAGUACAAAGCCGCGUGACACGGCACCUCGACACCCGCAAGACGCACACGUGCGCGCGGCUGAUAGUGGUUUUGGACGCGUUCCAAACGAUCGCGAUGAUGGAAGCGCUGCUGCAGCCUUUUUUUCGGGUCUAUCCGCUCGCACGGGUGCUUGUCAUCGGGCAUGUCGCCAAGGUGGCUCCCGACUCUAUCGUUACGAAUACAACCUUGGCGUCGUACAUGGGCGCGCUCCUGCUGCAUUUGAUGGACACGCGUGCGUGGAGUGUCCAGCCCAAACAAGGACCGGGUGCGGUGCCCCAGCUGCUGCUCGGGUGCGGGUCCGGGGCGGCGGUUGCGAGCUGGUUUACGCUUGUGACGGCGGCCGAAGACCCAAAGCUUCGCGUGCUCAAUAUGGCGCUCAGUGCGCUCUUUCUCGUCAACGGUUUUGCGAGCGCGUCCGAAGGCAGCGUCAAGUCCAAGCUCCACCCCUUGCUGCACGGACUGCACGCGACCAAAGGCGACAUCGAGUGCCACGAACAGCUUGUGCAGUUGCUCUUUUGCGACGCGUACCUGGCGCAGACCUCGCGCGAGACCGCCAUGCAAUUGUUCUUUCAACAUCGGCGCCAAUUUCUCGAGCCAACAAACCGCGCACAGCUCCAGCAACGCCUGAGAGCCAUUCCCAAGUUUACCGCUCUCAAGCCUGUCUUGCGCAACCUCCACGUGCCGUUGAUCCUGCUGCAAAGCUCGCAAAACGCGUGGGUGCCGCCCAGUGCCGCGACUACGCUCCAGGAAGGCCACGUUCUCGUUACGUCGUUAUCGGAAGCUUUCAAGCAACCCAACGCGGUGUACGUGGCCUGGCUCAAGGCCGGGCACGAGGUGCUCCAAGAGCGCUCGUCGUUUUGCCUCCAGUUUCUGGAUGCGAUUUUUGCCGCCGUCCUCGAGCACGUGACGCUGGCGCCAAUUCGAGGAGCCGACGACGACGACGACGUGACGACUGUCGACGGGCUCGGCCACCGCACGCGGGAGGGACGCCACCACCUCGCCAGUGACGACGAUGACGCGCUCGUCGUGCAAGCACCAACCAAGAAUUGUGCUGACGAUGGCGCGGGACCGCAGUGGUCGUCGCGGGUGCUCGCCAUUUUUCGCGAGCACGGUAGCCAAGGAGUUCGACAAGAGCUGGUCGACCGCGACAUUGAUCUGCCGCUGGGCGCGUCGGACAAUAGCUUGCUGAACGCACUGGAAGAUGCACUGGCGGCCGAAGACAGCGCGUAUGAGGUCAUUUUGACCUCCAAAGCUGCGUUGGCGUCGCUGCAGGAGGCACAGCACGCCGAGCUCGCGCGUCUCGAGGCCGAGAAGCAGCAAAAGAUCCUUCGAGAUGGCGAGCGCAAGAAACAGCGGCUCAAGAAAGAGGAGCUCGCGUUCGCCGCGCGUGAACGCGACCGAUUGCGCGCGGUGGCCAUUGUGGACGCCGAGCGUCACGAGCGCCGCAGCAUGGACAUGGAAGAUGAGAAAAGCCGGAAGCGGGAGGACUACGACCGCAAGUGCGCACUGUGGGCCGAGAGCAACCGCAACGCACUCCAAAAUGUCGUCGCCGAGCUCAAAGACGAGCGAAACGAAGCGCUACAGACCCAAGCCGAGAUCAACCUGGGCCUUGAGCGGGCGGCCCAUCGCGCCAGCUUGCAAGCGCAACUGUGGGAGCUCCAGCGCAAGCUGGAAGCAAACCAAGUGACUCUACGGGGUGACGCCGAAGGCUACGGGCUCGAGUGUGGCGUCGACAGCCACGACAUUCCGCGCGUGCUGCAAGGCAUCGAGUGCAUUCUCGCCGACGCCAUUGCGGUCCGCGAGCAGAAAAAACGCAACUUGGCCACGCAAGCUGCGUCCAUCACCAAGCACGAAGCGUACAACAGCCAGUUACAAGACGGCUCCCGCAGUCUCCACAACCUCAGCCGGGCGCUGCAUCGCGCCGAGACAGAAAACGUCAUUGCCAAGCCCGAUGCCGGUGGCGCCGUCCGGCUCGUGCCAGCUACCCCCGCGGCCAUUCGUGCUCUCCGUGAAAAGGUGCAGCUGCUAUCGCAAGAUACGGCGCAGCUCCAGGCGCUCACAACCGCGAGUCUCGAAGAGGUCACAAUGUUCGACCGGGCCAUGCAAAGCAUCGCAAUUCUGCAAACACGCACAGAAGCCACGGUGCGCGAGCUACUGGUCAAAGCCGCCAUUAUGGUCCAAAACGCCAACGAAGAGCUGAGCUUGCUUCGGGAAACCCAGGAAGACGAAGCCGUCGCCGACGCCAAGCGGCUGCAUGCGACCAACACGACGAUCGCGCGCAUGACGUUGUUGAGCGCCGAGGUGACGCGGAUCCAGGGCGUGACAACCAAGAUGGUCGACAGUGCCAUCUACGUGGCAGGGACAUUACAGCGCCUUGACAAGGCGACCCUCGAGCGCAAAUGCAAGGAGGAGCUCGAUGCACUCGCUAUCACGCUCGACGAGCUCCGUGCACAAAGCGCCGCCGCGAUAGCAAUUCGUGCCGACCUCCGCCUCAACAUCAAACGCAUUGUCGAAGGCCUCGCGCUGCUUUUGAGUGCACAGUCCCAAUUAGCCAAAUUUGAGAAAUUCGCCGCGUCGACCACGGUCAAGGAAGAAGCCGAGCGGGACGCACAGGCGCGGGGGUAUUCGGAGCGGUCGGCCGCGUUGGCGAGGGAGCGACUUGCGAUUCCAGACGUGACGCUCGUGCGGUCCAAAAAGCUCUUUGAGCACUCGGUGGAAGAGAAGGAGUGGAUCGCUUUAGACUUGAAACGGGGGGACCACGCAGUGACGCUCUACUCGAGUCUCUCAGAGCGCGAGGCCACCGAGAUGCGCCUCGACCCGCUGUAUCAGACGUCGCUGACCGAAGCCGAGAUCGAGUACAUUCUAUCGCUACCAAGCCGCGUCUCGCUCGCGCUUCCAUUUCUCAAGUCCCCGGCGCACCUCCGCGCGCACUUUUUACUGCGAAAAUAUACGUGCAGCGACGGCCAAGUCGUGCUCAACCAAAUCGACGUGACGUAUGCCCCGCCCAUGCCAUUGCCCCCAGGCCUCGACCUUCACGGGAUGCUGCAGCGAAAACUCGCCGAGAGCCUUCGGCACAAGCCGUGGGCGUCGUGCAAUGCGAAAGAGCAGCUCUGGCUCGCCUGCGAUGCGCGUCUUGGCGCGAACCAAAUGCACUUGCUGCCGCCCUUUCCUGUGGGUUUCCCCGCUCCGGAUAUGACCGCCGACCAUAUACGGGACGUCGCCGGCCAAAUGUGGAGUCCCAGUAUGCCACCCGCCGCCGCCGCUGUCUGGACCGUGCUGCAUGAAUUCGGUGGACUCCGCCCCAACGCCCAGCACAUUGUUGUCAUCUCGACCCUAUCCGAGCUUGUCGAGGCCGACGAGCGAGCUACGAUCCUCGUCGACGCCAAGACCCAGCGCACUCUUCUUGACGCCAACAAGUGCCAACUGCGAGCGCGGAAGAGUGCAACCCAUGAGAUUGCUGUCGACGCUGUGGGCCUUAGUCUCACGGUUUCGAUCGUCUUUGAAGUCCAGUACGACCACGUACAGCUCAACACAAGCGAGAGCAUGGGCCGCAUCGUGCUUCGCCACGCGCCCAACCGCGUGCCGAUCGCGCAAGGCGUCUACCACAUAGUCGUGGGGUGUCCUUCGGACACGACGUACUCGAUCUCGGUGUCAAUGCAUGAAGCGAUGCCCGCGUCCGAGUUUGUGCGACGCGCCAAGGCCUCUGCGCUGACGCAACAAGCCCGCUUGCCCGUCGGUCGCGAAGAAGUGUUGCAGAUCUGGGAGAGCAUGCGCCUGGCCGAGCGCAAGUUGGAGCUGGUCGAGAAGGCGUCGUCGGCUGCGAUGCUCCGCGCGAAAGAACACGAAGCCAAGAUGGGGCAGCUCCAGCGGCUCUUGGACGCACCAACUAGCGCUGGGGCGACACUGAAUCGCAAAGAUCUGCUGGCGCAGAUUCGAACGCUUGAUCGCGCGUUCACCAAGCAAUGCAAGCUGCACGCGAUCCGGCAAGACGAGAUCCACGACAUCAAACGCGGACUACACCAUUUGGCGUCGCUCCACGCCAAGCUGCUAUUGGAGCGCGCCGAGCUCGAGACGGCGCUGACGUAUGCGCGUCAGCACCUCCCGUACGCGGCCGCCCGCAUCGAGGGCGCGACGUCCGGCUUCAAGGUGGCGUACGCGCUCAACGCCGAGUACAAUGUUGUCAAGACGGCCAAGAUGCGGUGGCGGGACCUCGCGGCGCUCAAGCACCAGCUGCCAAAACUCCUCACGUCGGCCCAGCGCGUGCGUCGCAAGUACAAAAGAAACAAGCUGUCGCUCGACGCGGCUGAGCGGCAAUGGGUCCUGCUCGACCGCAUCGUGCACCCCGACCUUUAUCUCUGGGAACAAGAAGCGUCGCAGCACGCGCACAUGCUCAACCAAAAGACGACGAUUCCAAUCGGGUACAGCCUUUCCAAAAUCGAGGCCGACAUGAACGCCUACUCGGCGGCCGAGCUCCAGCGAUUGGUCGACGCGCCCUACAAUGCACUCUCGCGAAGAGAAAUUCUGGUUCGCAAAGCGAUGCUCAAGUUCCGCGACGAAAGUGUCUUGCGGCACCACACCAUCACCGCGGCCGACAAGUCCGCUUCCAUCCUUCGGUCCUUGCCCCUUGAUGCCCUCGAUGCCGACCAGAAAGCAUGGCUCGCGCUCGACAAGCUCUUACACCCCGAGCUCCACUCGCGCUUGCUCACGACGGUGCCGGCCGCCAAGCAAUGGACACGCGACUCGCUGUUAGCGCUGCUUCAGACGCCGGACGACCAGAUUCCGUCGCUGGAUGCCGAGGCCCGACGCGCGCGCGCCCUUGUCCUCGCGUACGACGGGCCGUUUGUCUACGAGCUUGUGCAUGGUCCGUCAACGGCGUUAACGGCGCCGAUCAAGCAUUCGCUCGUCGACCAUUCGCAAGCCGGUCAAAAAGUCGAAGUCGACGUCGACGCACGGUGUCGCUCGGUGCUGCACGAACUCGAUCGGGCAAUCAGUAGUACCAAUGAGUUUAUGGACUCGAGUGUCCUGCACAGCGCGCCUCAGCGAUUCCCGACCAGCGUGUUGCGGCUCGAGCUCGAGAAGGAGCUCGACCGACUGCUCCUGAGCCAGGUCACGGAGCGGGAGGAGGCGGAAUGGGGCGCCUUCCAGAACCCAAAGUCGCUUCUGAACUUGCACGUGCAAGACGGCGACGACGACGCCAAGACCACGCAAGGCGUCGCGCACGUGUCCGACUCGGACUCGGACCUUGAAGCGCGCUUGGCGCGCGAAGAGCAGCGGAAACUUGCGCUCAAGCAGCUGCAAAAAACAAACAAAAAGGCCAAACCAAGCUACCAAAAGCAAAAACGGGCGAUUCAAGACGCCCUCGUGCCACGGUCCAUUGAAGAGCAGCAAUUGGAGCUCGAGAAGAAAAAUCUAGGUCCUGGCGGGUGCAUGGCCUGCCGCAAAAACCCGUGCACGUGGGUUCCGUACCUCAACGCGACCAAGGACACCAUCGUGCACCGCAUCCACCUUCUCAAGGACGAGACCGAGCGCGUCAAGCGCUCAAAAGAGGCGGUUCUCAGCUCGAGUCUGUGCAUGUCGGCUGUCCGCGGCGGCGUUGAGGCCAUCUCGAUGCGCAAGAUGGACCUCUUCCUCGAGCUCACGUCCGAAAUUCGCACCUGGGACAAGCACUUGCGGCUUCGCGACGUGGACUCGGAGUUGCACGCGACGUUCAACUGGCCCCACGAUCAGUUUGAGACUGUCGCGCUCCACGGCUUUGUUCAAAUGCAGCAGACGGAAAAAGUCAAGGCCGCGUUGACACGGGAACAAAAUUCGCUGGUUGCGCAGCUCACCACCCAUGAGAUUGUCGAAGACAUUCUCGAAUGGAUGCUCGAAGGUUGGAUCUUUGGCGAGCGCGAGUCGCGGCGCAAGGUGCAAGGCUACGUACCCAGUUUGUACAAGGACGGCCCGCUCAACAUGCAAGUGCUUCGGCGUCUCGAAAACAUGACCGACAAGAAGACGGCCGACGAGCUCCACGACAUGCACGCGACACAAGCCAAGUUUGGCACGCCCUUGGAGAAAUGGACGCCGAUUGAGGUUGACGCGCAAGCGCUCCGCAUCGGCAAGAAGGCGAUAGAAAAAGGGUCGGCGGCCGACAAGGUCCUCGACGAGACCGAGCAAGCGCUGAAGUUUGGCCUCUUUUGCAUGACACUGAUGUAUUUUCGGGGCCUCAGCCUUCUCAAAGCCCAAAAGCAAGUGUGGGGCGCGCGCACGAGCGAACACGCCAAGGUGCACGUCGCCAAGCCCGUCACCGGUCUCCAGCUCGAACGUCAAAAACAAGAGCUGCGGCAGCGGUACACACAACCUCAUUCUAUGGACGAGGCGACACGCCGACCGUGGCGUAGACGCAUCGACGAGGCGCACGCCAAGGCCAAACUCGGCCAAGAGCGCCGGAGCCAAAAGGAAAUGGAGCGUCUCCAAUCGCAGCGGCAAAAAUUGUUUGCAAACAACCGACUCGCGAAGCGCGAAGCCAAAGCCGCGACCUUUCUGCAACGGAUUUACCGGGGGUACUUGGGCCGGGCCGCGGCGGCCAAGUGGAAGAUCCGACGUGCCGAGCUCGAGGCGCGGCAAGCACUCGAGCAAGCGGCCGCGACGACGAUGCAACGCGCGUACCGCGGCCGCCUCGGGCGCAUUGCGGCCGAGGACCGCCGCAUCGAACUGGCCGAGUUUAUUGCGCAAGUCCGGGCUCAAGAGGCCAUUGAAGAAGAGGAGGCGUACUGGAAGCGCAAUCGGUCUGAGCGUUUGCGCCGGCGCAUCAUGGCACUUGUGGACCGCAAGGCAGCGUGAUCAAGGUCGACGUCGGCGACUCAUUCUGGCCUUUGGACAUAGC